AUGACGCAACCACCUCAAGCAGCGUCUUCAUCAACUUCGGGCUUUUUCCAAGCUUCUCCUGAACUGCAGCCGCAGUACACAUCAAUCCAUGCAUUGCCGUCGCAUCUCAAAGCACGCUAUGCGGACGGCCAAAAUGCGUCCGAUGAUCCGAUCACUACAAGAAUCCUCAAGUUAUAUCUCCCACCAAAUACAACCGAAGUCGAAAAGGAUGCACACAAAAUUGCUCGUCUAUCCUUGAAUCCAACCGUCCUCGUCCACGCUACUGAUGCCGAGACAAAUCAUCCCGUACUACGUCCAUUUACAACAUUUGGCCAAGAGAACAACAAUGACCCUCUAUGGACGACGACAGGAUGGCAGAAGCUGAAAGAAAUUGGGUACGAGGCAGGCGUAGUUGCGGUCGCGUAUGAGCAAUCGCACACGAGCUUCAACCGACGUAUCCAUGCCUUUGUCCUCAACCAUCUCUGGAGUCCCACGGGAACAAUGACUGGAUGUCCAAUGAGCAUGACAGACGGUGCUGCCACGCUCUUAAAAAGGCAUUUGAACGAUCCAGAAGGAGACCAGCCUGGCCGUAAUAAAGUUUUCACAGAAGCCUACGAACGACUGACUAGCCGCGACCCCAAUUUUGCUUGGACUAGCGGACAAUGGAUGACUGAGAGGGCAGGAGGCAGCGAUGUAUCUGGAACCGAAACAUUUGCGCAUCGCGUGUCGAAGGAAUAUCUCGAGCAAGAAAAGAAAGCUGGACGAGGGUCUGAUGCGGUAGGAAUGCCACUUGGCCCGUGGAAAAUUGACGGCUUCAAAUGGUUCAGCAGUGCAACUGAUUCCGAAAUGGCGGUGCUCCUUGCACGCACAUCAAAAGGGGGACUCUCUGCUUUCUACAUACCCAUGAGAAGAAGGGCAGGAGAAGGCGCUUCCGCAACCAACGAGCAAGCGCCGCCACCGACCGAAUUGAAUGGCAUCCGGAUUCAGCGACUUAAGAACAAGCUCGGCACAAAGUCUUUGCCCACUGCUGAACUUGAGCUCAACGGUGCACGUGGCUGGUUGAUUGGUACCGAAGGGCAAGGUGUAAAAGACAUCUCUGCUAUCCUGAAUAUUACUAGAUUAUCGACGGGAGCGGGCAGUGUUGCAAGCUGGUCCAGGGGUCUAGCCAUCUGUCGUGCGUACAGCAAAGUUCGCAAAGUGCGUGGUGGUCUACUCCAAGAUAACCCAGCGCAUUUGAAAUGGAUGGCCGACGAGACAGUAAAGUACUGGGCCGCUGCGCACUUUGCUUUUCUAGGCGUUGCGUUGCAAGGUUCCUUGGAGCAGGAUUGGGACAAGAUGGUCGCCAACACCAGAGCUGCGAAUUUGAUACCACGAGACAAGGCGCACGUCGCUGCUCUUCUUCGACUGAUUCUUCCAGUAAUGAAGGCUCAAGUCACCGUAGCUUCUGUACAUGGUCUGAGACAAUGCAUGGAGUGUCUUGGCGGGAUUGGCUACUGUGAGAACAAUGAGGACGGCGGCCUCCUGAACAUCGCGAAAAUUUAUCGCGACAAUCUUGUCAAUCCUAUUUGGGAAGGCACAGUCAGCGUAAUGGCUGAAGAUGUCGUACGAGUGCUUCUUGAUAAGCGCUUGGGCGAUGGCAAUGUGUUGACUAGCAUUUUCGCGCCGUGGGUACGGGACGUGCUACAACACUGCGGCUUCAUCUUCGCCACUCAAGCUGAGAGCAUCAGGAGGCGAUUGCAGGUCCUAAUCGACGUGGUUCAAGGAGCGCGGAAAGAUGAGCUUCUUUACCGUGGCAGGGAAUCACUCGAUCACAUCGAAGUCAUUGUGAGCAGCACUACUCUCUUGUACGACGCAACAGUCAGCCCGGAUCCUUUCGCAGAAGAAAUUGUGAAGCGCUGGGUAGGAUCAAAGGCGCUUCAAUCAGGUACACAUGCAUUAAGUCGGACUUGGAGCGAGACUGUGGAGAUGGACAAGAGGAUUUUCCUCGGACCGCAACGAGGAGCCCCAGACUCGAAGCUGUAG